CCUUCCGAGGAUCCUUCCCGGCUCCCCAACAUCCUUCUCCGCUCCCGAGCGUCCUUCCCUACUCCUGAGGAUCCUUCCCGGCUCCCGAGCAUCCUUCCUGGCUCCCCAGCAUCUUUUCCCACUCCCCAGCAUCCUUCCCCCGGUGCAGUUUCCUCCCCCCUCCCUCCAGCGAGGGGCUUCUCCUUCAACCCCAGCACCACGGGGGUGGAAUCGCCUUGUUUAUGUCAACUUUGGUGCUUACGAAUCUUGGGGGGCCCCUUUCCCCAGAGCAAAAAUCUCUUCUCUGCCCUGAAGGGGAAGGCUAUGCUGCCCGGGGGUCCCCCGGGGUCUGUCCCUGGGUGAGUCCUCCCACCCCUACAGUGAUGGGGGACCCCCUCUCACCCUGCAUCCAGAAGGGCUGCAAGGCCCGAGUCCCCUCCCAUGUAGACAGGUUUAGAUCCAAACAGAGGGGAAAAUCCAAUCUACCGUGGCGCAGGGAUGCUCAGAGCAAGCGGGGCAGAUGGGUGCUGGGCGGUUGGUCCAGCACUGUGGCCAUGCAGUGAGCACAUCCCACUCUGUUCCCAACCCUGCGGCGUCAAGAAGUUUGGGCCACAGUAGGUACAAAGCAUUUCCAGCUGAUGUCUUCUCCAGGUGGGAUCUCUGCUAUGGAAAAAAAACCCUGCAAUGGGCUUUCCUGACAUCCUGGGACAUUCUUCCCAUUGGGUUUUAUUGCCUGGGGUAGCAUCAGGUGCAGCGGGGUGCUCGGUGAAGGGAAUCACAGCCAGCUCCUCCGUCAGCCACGAUGGGCUCUGUGGGUGCCGAGCGCUUCAAGGAGCUGAGCCCAGCGGGGACGCCGGAGGGCAACGUGGUCAUGAGCUUCAGCUUUGACAGCUACCAACUGGAGGAGGACGAGCUGCAGAGGGGCAGCCAGGCCAAGGGCAUUCUCACCUUCAUGGAGCCAGUUUCUGAGGAUCCCGAGCCCCAGGAUCGAUACCACGGAAUUUACUUUGCCAUGCUGUUGGCUGGGGUGGGAUUUCUCCUGCCAUACAACAGCUUUAUCACCGACGUGGACUACCUGCACCAUAAAUACCCAGGGACCUCCAUCGUCUUCGACAUGAGCCUCACCUACAUCUUGGUGGCCUUGGUAGCUGUCAUCCUCAACAACGCACUGGUGGAGCUGCUGAGCUUGCACACCCGCAUCUCUGUGGGCUACCUCUUUGCGCUGGGGCCUCUGCUCUUUGUCAGCAUUUGUGACGUCUGGCUGGAGCUCUUCACCCGCAGGCAAGCCUACGCCAUCAACCUGGUUGCUGUCGGGGUGGUGGCCUUUGGCUGCACAGUGCAGCAAUCCAGCUUCUACGGCUACACGGGGCUGCUGCCCAAACGCUACACGCAAGGGGUGAUGACGGGUGAGAGCACAGCUGGAGUCAUCAUCUCGCUCAGCCGCAUCUUCACCAAGCUGCUGCUGUCAGACGAGAAGGAGAACACAGUCAUCUUCUUCUUCAUCUCCAUCGGCAUGGAGCUGACGUGCUUCAUCCUCCACCUCCUGGUGAAGCGCACCCGCUUUGUCCGCUACUACACCACCCGCUCUCGCAAGGGUCUCCCUGAGCUCCGGGGGGCUAGUGAGCACGGGACAGGCUACUGUGUCCACCAUGAUGUUACCACUGAAGACGUCCGAUUUGAGAACCGGCCAUGGGGGCAGCUGAGCUCCCCUCAAGGCAGCCCAGGCCCUGAAGCUGAGCUGGCCGGCAGUGGCACCUACAUGCGCUUCGAUGUCCCUCGGCCCAAAAUCAAGAGGAGUUGGCCCAGCUUCAGAGACAUGCUGCUCCACCGCUACGUCGUGUCCCAGGUCAUCUGGGCCUACAUGCUCUCCAUCGCCAUGACCUACUUCAUCACGCUGUGCCUCUUUCCUGGGCUGGAGUCAGAGAUCCACAAUUGCACGCUGGGGGAAUGGCUCCCCAUCCUCAUCAUGGCCAUCUUCAACCUCUCCGACUUCGUUGGCAAGAUCCUGGCUGCCCUGCCCUAUGACUGGAGAGGGACCCACCUCCUUGUCUACUCCUGCCUCCGUGUGGUCUUCAUCCCCCUCUUCAUCAUGUGCGUCUACCCCAAUGGGAAGCCCACCUUUGGCCACCCUGCCUGGCCCUGCAUCUUCUCCCUCCUCAUGGGCAUCACCAAUGGCUACUUUGGCAGUGUUCCCAUGAUCCUGGCUGCUGGGAAAGUGAGCCCCGAGCAGCGGGAGCUGGCAGGGAACACCAUGACUGUGUCCUACAUGACGGGCUUGACGCUGGGCUCAGCCGUGGCGUAUUUUGCCUACAGCCUCACCAGUACUUCUCACAGUACCUGUUUCUACACUGAAACCUCCAACAGCUCCUUUACAUCAGGGUACUGAGCCCUGGGGUGGGGCGAUGGGGACAAGAUGGAAUGCACUUCCCAUCAUGGUCCCCACCACCCAUCUUGGCCCAUGUCCCUGCUCAAGGAAGGAACCCAGAGCCAGAAAGCUGCCCCAGGGCAGACAGGGAUCAUCAUCCCAUGGGCGUGGGGCUGUGGCAUCCCAAAGUGGCCCAUGAUGCCCAGCCAGGCGCCGCACAGGGCCACUUCUUGGGGUGACAUUCCUUCUCCACCCUGGGGGACAGUCCCGUUGCUCUUGGGGGUGCUCCCCAUCAGUGAAGCGCAGCUCUCUGGUGAGAUGGGGUCUUCUCUUUGAACCAAGCCAUUGCCAGGAGGAAGAAAAUACUGCCAAAUCCCAAAGGGAACAGGACCAGCACUGGGGAGGAGGGUGCCAGAGGGUUGAUGAGGAAAAGAGGAAGGAAACGCUCUUGUAGGCCCCAAUGGUUCUGGGUGGGUCUUUGCUUUCUAUGAUGGUGCUCCAGGUUUUCACCAAGACUGGCUUGAAACAACACUUCCUCCCCAAAUACGCCAAUCUCUGUGUAAGACCCCAUUCACUUCUGCUGGUUGGGAAAAAAAAAAAAAAAAAUCUCUUUUUUUCUUCUGUUUGUGUCUCGUUUUUUUUCUCCCCCCGACUGUGAGAGAGGCAGGGCCUCGCCUCCCCCUCACCCUGCGCUGUGGGUCUGAGGAGGAUCUCGAAGCCACAGCACUGCAGAUGUCACCCAUGGGCAACGGCUGAGCUUCAGGAUUUGUUGUAAGAGACAGAAAUGAAGGUGAUGGCAGAUUAAAGGCCUUUGUAAGCUGCCCAGCCAUCCGCCACGCCACUGGCACCGGCCCAGCCUGGCCCUGCAGGCACUCGGCUGCUGCUGCUGGGCUGGCAAAGCCAGGGCCAUGCCUGCUGCCCAUCCUGUUGGGUUUUGAGGUCC